UAAAGAGAUGAAUUGAAGAGGUCUGAAACAGUUUGUCUUUGAUAAUGAAAGACGUUGAAUUCAGCAAAUUAGCUAUCAUUAAGUAUGAAAUAUUAAUGAACAGAGGACAAUUGUAAAGUCUAUACUUGUUGUCUCUGGAUGGUUCUUCAAUAUUAUAGAAUCUACUAAUAGGGAUCCAGUAGUAAUUAUUAAAAUGUCGACUAAUAGUGUGUGUAAAAUAAACAAUUAAGAAAAUAUAAUUAAAAAUACAUGGAAUACUGACUUUGAGACCGAUAAUACAUUUUCAAAUAUUGAAAAAUUUAUAUAUAUUUGUUCCAUAGAUUUCUAAUAUAGUUUAUAUCAAUACAUUGUACUUAGUAUCGACUUUACAUAUAUGUAUAAAAAGCUCACGACUCUGUGCUCAUUUCUUCCAAAACUUUAUUUCUGACUCUAUACGUGUUUUCUGAUGAAUACAAUAUGGAUAUUAAUAAUUAUGUAAUUAUUAAUAGAAAGGUUUUAAAAUUUGUUGGUCUUUAUCCAAUAAGUAUCGUGAGAUAUGUCUUGUGUUGUGCGUGUAUGAUUGCUAUUAUUAUACCACAAAUAAUGCAAAUUUAUCAAAAUUGGCAAGAUCUGUCUACAGUACUGGAAACGAGUUCAGUAUUGUUCACUAUUUUACUUGCUAUCUUGAAAUCAUUAGUUUGGGUAAACAAUAGAAGAAAAAUGGAUUCUUUUAUAGAAUACAUGUUAACAGAUUAUUGGAAGAUAAUGACCGCACAUAUUUCGAAGAAACGCAGAGAUGUAUGUGCAAUAUACGUGGAAAAAGGAUUAUCAUAUACUAAGGGAUAUCUAUUUUUGAUUUGUAAUUCUUUAAUAUUUUUCUUCAGUUUGCCUAUAAUUGAGAUAUUUGUCACUGUGAUUAAAGACACUAACAACAAUAGUACAUUAACAUCAAAGCACCUUCCAUUUUUAGCUUUAUAUCCAGAAUCUUAUUACAGUUUUCCGAUGUAUGAGAUUAUUUAUCUUUCGCAAAUGGUGGCGACAAGCUUGUGUGGUCUUGUUAUCCUAGGAACUGAUACUUUAAUUGCAACAGCAUUGUUCCAUACAUGUGGCCAUUUCAAAGUACUUCAAAAAAAGAUAAAAAAUAUUGAAAAUGAGAUUGAUCUCGUACAAAAUGCGUACAUUGAAAAAAAUAUUACGCAAAGAAUUAAAUUGCAUGUAAUAGAUAUUAUUGAACAUCAUUAUAUAAUUCUUUGGUUUUGUGAUUAUAUGGAAACGAUCUUUAGUCCAAUGUUAUUUCUACAAACAUUAGCUAGCAGUCUCAUAAUAUGUCUAGUAGGUCUUCAAAUUGCGUCUACAAAUAUAACUGCGAGUACAAUCUCCAAAUCGAUUAAAUACAUCUCAUAUUUAAUUAUGGCACUUUUUCAAUUGCUGCUUUUUUGUAUACCUGGUGAUGCUUUAAUAUAUGAGAGUUCCAUGAUUUAUAAAAGUGUGUAUACAAUUACUUGGUAUAAAUUACCAGUUUUAUUUAAAACUGAGAUAUGUUUGCUCAUGUUGCGCAGUCAAAAACCUAGUAAAAUAACCGCAGGAAAAUUCUAUAUAAUGCAUCUGGAGAAUUUUAAUGCAGUAAGAAAUCAAAAUUUCAAAAUUGUACGACUUUAUAAUACAUAUGUACAAUAAAUAAAUAUAUUAGCUUUAAUAUUUAUAGGUAUUGAGCACAGCUGCCUCUUAUUUCAUGUUGCUUCGAAGUUUUAGCUCAGAUGGAACUACUAUCAAUUUAUAAUCGAAUAAAAAACAAAUGUAAUAUGUAAUU